CGGCGACCAGGGAUCUCCCUUUAGCUACCUUGGAGUCUUCUCCGACUCGUCCAAAUAGUGAGCUCGAUGGAGCCUGUCACAGCCAGAAUCAGGAGGCUACAGCAGGCGUCCUCCGCGAUGUCAGAUUAUUGAUUGACUCCUGUCCUCGCCUGCGUGUCGAUCAGCAUUCGAAUCCACCACAACGACUUGACUGAUGGACAGCCACAGCUUCACAACUCUCAACUCCUCCUUCUCUCAACCUGUCUUUCGUUUCAAUCCCAAUCUGACCAGCAUCCGCUACCAGUGUCCAAAACCAUCAAAUCGACGGCGCAGCGGCGGAGUUCAGCACUCGUCCUUAUCCUCGCUAUCAUUCUCUCCUACCAUUUUGAGCAUUGUCGUGGAGUCUCUCCUACCUGACCAGCAUCUCACGUUCAGAAUCCUCCUCAACCUGUUUCCCCGGUCCUGCGCUGGCCGUUAUGGCUCCCAUGCCAGAGCUCUACCCUACCCUACAUCGAGUCCGUGAGCUCGAGACCGCCGGGAUUCAAGACCUCCAGCAGAUUAUCCAGACCUUUCCCAUUAUUGACAACCAUGCGCAUAAUAUGUUGACAGAGGAGAAUUCCUUUGGAAGCCCAGAUUACCCUUUUGAGUGUAUCACUUCCGAGGCGCAGGGUCACGCCUUGACGGAUCAUGUUCAUACCAGUCUGGCUCACAUGCGCGGGAUCAAAGACCUGGCCGCGUUCUACCAGUGUCCAGAGACACUACAAGAUGUCAAGGCUUGCAGAUACGAAUGGGUGCGGAGAGACUACGCGGGUCUGAUCAAGAGGUGCUUCGAGGGGACACACGCCAUCAUGAUGGAUGACGGCUUGUCGCCUGAGAUCAUCCACCCGUUCACAUGGCACCGACAAUUUGUCCCCACGGUCUCCAGGAUCGUACGGAUCGAAGCUGUCGCGUCCGAGUUACUGGAAAGCCUGGCUCAUGCUGCCGGGUUUAUGAGAGUCGGCCUUGAUGCAGAUUGGGACAUUAGCCAGACAGAGAGCUUCCUUGUCCGCUUCAAUACGGUCUUCCGCAACCACAUCCGAACUUUGGCCAAUGACCCAAACGUUCGUGGUUUCAAAUCUGUCAUUUGCUACCGAACGGGUCUUGAUAUUGGUCUAGAAAGCAGGAAAAACUUCCGUCCGCACCAGUCAUUGACCGACUCGGUCCUCCUCCAAUCCUUCCACCACUUUCUGCAAAGAGCCGUUCGUGACUCCAAAUAUCGCAUCGCGCAGAAAGAAGUGAACGAUUUCCUGGUUGUCGCAGUGUGCGACGUACUCGAGAAGCUUGUGGACACGGAUGGUGAAAACCUGCCGUUCCAGUUUCACACCGGACUUGGCGACACAGAUAUCAAUCUUGUCAAAGCCAAUCCAGCGUACAUGCAACCACUGAUCGAAGCCUUUCCUCAGGUUGACUUCGUCAUACUGCAUUCUUCUUAUCCUUACACAAGAGAGGCCGGCUACUUGGCUGCCAAUUUCUCAAAUGCCUGGCUCGACAUUGGGGAAGUCUUUCCUAUGCUUUCAAGAGAUGGCGAGGAAUCUGUACUCCGGCAGGCUCUUGAAUUGACCCCUAGCUCCAAGAUCUUGUGGAGCACUGACGGGCACUUCUACCCUGAGACAUAUUGGCUGGCGAAUAAACACUUCAGAGAAGCCUUGGAAAAGCUGCUCACAUCCUAUGUUGCCGCAGGCGACAUCAGCGUGCCUCAAGCCAUUGAUAUUGCAGUCGACAUUAUGUUCUGGAACUCUAAUUCCCUGUACAAGCUCGAUGAGGAGCGAAAAUUCCCUGAACUCCUGCGAGCAUGUGGAAGAGAAUCCGUCGAUAGCAUGCGAACCUUGGUCAAUGGCGGUUCCAAACCUCCAUCGUUCCGAUCAAAUGCGAGCACUGCCGUUGCCACACCUGGUAUUCCAUCUGCACGACCUGGGCCUUCUGCAUCUGCAGCAACGUUGACGGCAACAAACCAAAAUCUUGCUGUCCGCUCCACGAGCAUAAGUACUCCCUCCGGACAGAACAAUACAGCAGUCCUUGCACAGAACUUGACCCUUUUUGACGCUUUUUUGCAGACCAACCCUGGCGUCAAGUACAUAUGGACUCAGUAUUUAGACUAUACCGGUACACUGCGUAACCGAAUGGUCACCAUUCAGCAAUUCCGUAAGCAACUCGCAACAGGCAAGUACAUGGGCUGCACCACCGCGGUCUCCAGACUCAUGCAAGACGAUACCGGCGCCACGGGUGUUUCAGCGACCGGCCAGUUCAUUCUCGCGCCAGACCUCUCUACCCUCUCGCUCAACAAGGGCAUCGCAUCACCAUCGGCCACCGUCCAAACAUGGUGGAUGAUCGAAAGCGAACACUCGCACAACCUCGACCAUUGGGAUCGCUGCCCGCGCUGGCUCCUGCAGUCCCAAUGCGACGCGCUCAAAACCGAAUUCAACAUCACCGUCCUCAUGGGCUUUGAGCUCGAAGUCAUCUUCAUGCGCCCAAUCAACAACGAGGGAAAAUCCGACUUCACUGACUUCGCACCCCUGCACAUGGUCCACUCCUGGGCCAACAUGACAUUCCAGCAGCUCGACAUGCUGCCCAUGAUCGAAGAGAUAGUGGAACUUCUCGCGGAACUAGACAUCCAAGUCCCGCAGUUCCAUUCCGAAGCUGCCCCGGGUCAGUGGGAGUUCCCCCUGCCCGCUUUCGAGCCCCUCAAGGCUGUCGACGUGCUGUUCAAGGCGAAAGAUGUCAUCCGCAACGUCGCCAAGAAGCACGGUCUCAAAGCGACAUGCUACCCGCGCCCGUUCGCAUCCAGGUGCGGCUCCGCGAACCACGCACACUUUAGUAUCAACGGUCCCGGAGACACGGUGGACAAGUACGAAGCUCCGUUCCUCGCCGGGGUGCUGGACCAUCUGCCAGCGAUCCUGGCGUUCACGCUGCCGAUCGAAGAGUCGUACCAGCGCGUGGCGGCCGGAAUAUGGGCUGGAGGCGAGUACGUGUGCUGGGGAACGCAAAAUAAAGAGGUCCCCCUGCGCAAGUGCGACCCGGGCCAUUAUGAACUCAAGACGAUCGAUGGGAUCGGCAAUUCCUACUUGUCGAUGGCGGCGCUCCUGGCUGCAGGAUUGCACGGGCUCAGACAGGAUCUGAAGCUCGAGUACAAGGAUUGCGCGGGCGAUCCCACCGGGAUAGGCGAGCAGGAAAGGGAGAAAUUGGGCAUCAGCGUCAAAUUGCCGGAUAGUCUGGAGAAGAGCCUGAAGGCCCUCGAUCGGGAUAAGGUCCUGAGAAGGGGCCUUGGGUAUGCGGCUGUGGACGACUAUGUGGCCGUGACGGAGAGUUUGAUGCAGAAGUUGAGAGGGUUCGGGGAUGAAAAAAGACGUCUGUGGUUGAUGGCGAGAUACUGAGAUUAGUCAGGCUGGAAUGGGGAACAGGACUGAAGGGAAAGGUGAUCUUAUCUUAAGAGGGCCUGUUGGGCUGGCUGGCUGGCUGGCAAGGAAGGGGGGUUGAUUAGCAAGCGUGUACUAUACAGCAAGCGAGUUGUUUGAGUUUGUGUGCAGGGGCGUGGGUCAGCGUGAUUGAACUCUUUUCAGUCGGUCAUUGGAGCUGGUUCUAAUGUUUCUGCGCAGGCUUGCCUGUGAGCGAGGAAUGCUAGGAAUACUAGGAAUACUAGGAAUACAUUUUUUUUUCCAUUG